AUGGGGUCCACCGACAAAAGCAUCCCCUGGCAGGAAAGAGUGGCCAAGAAGCAGCUACAGUGUGCAGAGAAAAUACCAUCGACAUGGAAAUUGUCCGAGGCAUUUUGGUCCAACUUUCAAACUCCUUUAGCGGACAACAAAACCGACCUUGUCCAGGAGCAAGUGAUUCGCAAGUCUGGCAUUCUCACGGACCGCGAGUUUGAGAUUACUGAGAGCUAUACUGUGUCAAGACUUCUAUCAGCUUUGGCAACUGGAGCAUUGACUUCUGCGGAGGUGACACUGGCUUAUUGCAAGCGCGCUGCGGUUGCGCAGCAGCUGGUGAAUUGCCUUUCAGAGACAAUGUUUGAUGAAGCCCAGAAGAGAGCUGAGCACCUGGACAGUCUGCGAGCUCAGGGCCAGCUGGCUGGUCCACUACAUGGACUUCCUAUUAGUAUCAAAGAUAAUUUUCAUCAUAAGGGAACCGAAGCAACAAUUGGGAUGCUGUCUUUCCUCGGUGAGGUGUCAUCAGAAAGCUCGCCCCUGGUUCAGCUUCUACUGAAGCUGGGAGCGGUCAUUUAUGUCAAGACUAAUGUUCCCCAAACUAUGAUGACCACAGACUCCCACAAUAAUGUAUUCGGGCGCACUUUGAAUCCUCGAAAUACCAUGCUGGGUCCCGGUGGAUCUAGCGGCGGCGAGGGUGCCUUAAUUACUCUUCGAGGCUCACCACUGGGAGUCGGAACCGACAUUGGCGAGGCCCAGGGUCACCAGAUCAUUCCACUGGAUUCGCAGGAAUGCCGAAUCAUGGAGGCCAAUGAGAUUGCUUUUGCGAUCUUUUCUCUGGACCCGGGUGCUAGGAACCACCUCGAAGCGUCCGGAGACCCCCCAGUCCCAGCUUUGCUCCACAUUGGUCAACAGGGCGAAAAGCUGAGGAAGUAUGCAAAGUCAACUCUACCAGACGUGAGCUCACUGGAUCGUAUGGGUCAGCUUGCUGCACUCAAUACUCUCCGUGCAGGCCUGCGGGAAAGUUACCGGAAACUGUGGCUGAAACACGACUUGGAUAUUUGCCUUUCUCCCCCGGCCCAGAGUACAGCUGUUCAGCACGACACAUUCGGAAUACCCCCGUAUACAGCAUUCUUGAACUGUCUCGACUUCCCAUCCUGCAUUCUUCCAUUUGGACACGUGGGAGAGGAAGAUGCAGGGCAGACUUUCGCACUGAGAGAUGACCAAGUUGGCCCAGAAUAUAACUUCCAGGUGCUCAAUGGUGCCCCGUGCUCUGUUCAGCUUUUCACUCCUAAUAUGCGCGACGAAGAGUGCUUGCAAAUGGCCAAGCAGAUUGAUCAAUGUCUCAGGAAUAGGGACUAG